AUUAUCAUUGCGCACGCGAUACAACGGAUAACUCACAACGUCCUCCAAUUUUUCUCCUGUUUCCGCCAUCAUGGCAACGACGGUUGAUCAGAAGUUGCUCAAAGCAACUAAAUUCCCUCCCGAGUUCAACCAGAAAGUCGAUAUGCAGAAGGUGAACGUUGAGGUCAUGAAGAAAUGGAUCGCUGCCAAAAUCUCCAAGAUCCUGGGAAAUGAAGACGAUGUGGUCAUUGAGCUCUGUUUCAACCUGCUCGAGGGCUCAAGAUUCGUAUGUUGACCAUGUCGCGCAGUUCUGAGAGCGAAACUAAUCCAA